CCAGCGCGUAAUUUCAACGAAACGUUACGAAGAUGACUAAAAAUUUGCCGACGAAAGUUGUUGUUCGGAGACUACCGCCAAAAUUAAAAGCUGAUGACUUCAUCAGAAUUGUUGACCCCUUACCUGCACAUAACUAUUUUCGGUUUUGCAAUGCGGAUGAUUCCCUAGGUGCACUUGGUCUUACGCGGGCAUAUAUAACCUUUAGUGAUAUCGAUGCACUGUUUGAUUUCAAGGAGAGAUUUGAUGGCUACACAUUUGUGGACUGUGAUGGUAACGAGUCAUGUGCAAUUGUAGAGUUUGCUGUUAGUCAAGCGCUUGCAAGUAGUAAAGGAUCUUCCGACGGUAAUAAGGGAGUUAAAGUGGAUAGAAAACAAAAUACUCUGUCGAAUGAUCCGCAAUACUUGAAGUUUUUGAACUCUUUGGAGGCUUCCGAAGCUGCUGGAGAAACCUCAGAAACGGAAUCCAAGAAAACUCCUUGGGAAGUCAUCUUAGAUGAGAUACAGAAUAGGGAAGCUGUUGUUACGCAGACUCAGACCAUAACACCACUUCUGGCCUACUUAAACAGUCGUGUUGGAGAUAGGCGCAAAGACGAAGAUUCAUCACGUCACAGACAGUUUAAACCAGCUAGUGUUGCAGUGGCCAAGGCGAAAUCGAGGGCAGACAAGCCCACACGGAUUCAACCAACAGUCAGACGGACACAUGAUGUCAAACGUAACUCAAUCGACCGUUCCAACGCUAAUGGAGUUUCUAAUAAUAAAGAAGAGGACUUGGCAGCAACUGAUUCCAAAACACAAAAGAGCAGUAGAUCUGAAAAGUUGUCAGUCGUGUUAGAUGCAGAUGAAUUUCCUGCAAUGCAGAGUGUGCACCAACGUCAAGGUAAGCCAACAAGUCAACGGUCUGAUCGACCUUCAGCCUGGGUAUCAAACAAUUCAGAUGCAACCUUUGACAAACCGAAUGCACCGGUGUCGAAAAAUUCUGUCACUACUACAGAUUCAAGAACCAGUACAAAGACUUCAGAGUCUGUGUCUGAUAGCAAAAGUAAGUCAUCCCGUGCACAAACAGAGGGGAAUAAGAUACACGAGCGAGUAGUCGACCUAGGUGCUAAAGAAUCACCGGGAAAAAAUCCAACCGGACAAGCUUUGAACAGUCAAAAUGAAGCAACAUGUAGUGAAUACAGCUCUUCACAAGACGGUACACCUAAAUCUAAGAAAGGCAACCAUUACCCCUCUGCGAAUCCAAUACGCAAAGCAUCCUCCAAAUCUACGAGAGGUAGACAUGAUUCGGAUACCAGUAUGCAGAAUUAUGGUUCAGGGAAUUAUCCAGCCGAUGAUCAGGAAAAUGAAUUUAGUUACGAUCGAUUGGGAAGUUUCUCAAAGUCUGGAAGUCGAGGUCGAGAUAGUCGGCGUGGUAUGACCAGCAGUCAUGAAACAUAUCCCAAUGCAUCUCGAGAUUCAUACAGAGGGUCACAACAUCAUCCAAGAGAAACUUCUGGUCGUGGCUAUGAUUAUGGAGGGGAUUCUGUUCGCAGUGACUACUAUUCUGAUCAGUAUAAUGCGAAUGCCCGAUAUUCCUCUCGAAACCAAGGCUCAUCAGGAGGAGGAGGAAGAGGUCGAGGUAACUCGAUGGGUACUGGUGGUUAUCGUCGCCCAAGCGGUUACAGUUCUCGUGGUCGAGGCUUUUAAAUAAGUGAAUAUAACUGUAUAUGUAUAUAACGCCUUACAAAUGAACGUUUUACUUUUUUUUGUUAACUUUAUUCUUGAAGAGAUUGUUUGAUUUAAAAAAUACACAUUUUAUAUAUCAGUGCAAUAUUGUGUAUCAUAGACAUGUGUGUGAUGUAUGAUUGAAUACAAAUUUCAGUAUUACAUUAAUUCACUUUUUCUAAAAGAUAUUUGUUUACAUGGUAAAAUAUACCUCAUCUAAGUACCAUUUAUCCAUUUGAAGUCCUUUGGGUAACUGAAUCAUUUAGCCAUCCUUAUAAAUUUUUUGUAAUUGUCCCAAAUAUUCUAAACAUUCUGAUGCUUUUAUUCAUACUUAACAUAAUUAAUAAAAAGCGAUUUGACGAAAUCCAGAUCCUAAUUUGGUGUUAUUCAAAAAUAUAC